UGAACACGUGUGGAGGGUACAGUGGACCGGACCGUGCUGAGAGUGUCACAGGUCUGAUCCCCGUGUGGCCCCGCCCUCCCUGCUCCUCCUCCGGUCGACCGGCCACAUUCCCGCUACCUUCCACCGUGACAAGCACCGAUCUGACGGCGAAGCAGCGGACGAACCCCGGGACAUCAUGGCGUCAGGUGUGACAGUGAACGAUGAGGUCAUCAGAGUGUUUAACGACAUGAAGGUGAGGAAGUCUUCGACCCAGGAUGAGGUGAAGAAGAGGAAGAAGGCGGUACUGUUCUGUCUGAGCGAGGACAAGAAGAAGAUCAUCGUGGAGGAGGGGAGGCAGAUCCUGGUGGGUGACAUCGGAGAGACUGUGGAAGACCCCUACGCCUCCUUCGUCAGUCUGCUCCCCCCCGACGACUGCAGAUACGGCCUGUAUGACGCCACCUACGAGACCAAGGAGUCCAAGAAGGAGGACCUCGUCUUCAUCUUCUGGGCUCCGGAAGGCGCUUCAAUGAAGAGUAAGAUGAUCUACGCCAGCUCUAAAGAUGCCAUCAAGAAGAAGUUUACAGGUGAGUCGUCACCCGCCGAG